UUCAAGAAACUAAAUUUAUGGAUUGUUAAACAGGUGAAAAUUUCAAAUAUUUUUAUUAACAGGAAUAGUUUCAAAGAAAAUUUUAUGAUUUAGUUUAUUAAAAGUUGAUUUCUAGUAUGGAAACUGUUAAAUUUUUUAUAUUUAGACUUUGAAUGUAUCUACUUCUAUAAAUGAAUCUAAAUUACCGUUAUCAUCUACGAGAGAACAAAAAACGUCAUCAAUUAUAUCAUCUACUGAAUAUGAUCAGAAUAUUAUCGAUGAUGUGCGUCUACUAUUGUCAGAUCUCAUUAUCCAAGUUGAUCAAAAAUCAAAAUUAACUAAUGUACCAUCUUCUAUAUCAAAAUUUGCACAGUCAACAAUACCUCCGCCGCCACCACCACCACCAUUCUUUACGAUUGCAACAUCAUCUCCACCGUCAUCGUCUUCAUCAUCUAUUCCACCACCACCACCUCCUCCACCAUUUCCUGGUUUUGCUAUUCCUCCACCACCACCUCUACCGUUUUGUACAAGUUCAACUGGUCCGCCACCACCUCCACCGCCUCCUCCAUUUCUUAAUUGUGGUGCUCCACCGCCGCCACCACCACCUUUUCCAGGGUUUGCUGGUCCACCACCGCCACCACCACCUCCACCUUUUCCAGGAUUCUCUGGUCCGCCACCACCACCACCUUUUCCAGGAUUCUCUGGCCCGCCACCACCACCACCUUUUCCAGGAUUUGCUGGUCCACCACCGCCGCCACCACCUCCACCUUUUCCAGGAUUCUCUGGUGCGGCGCCACCACCACCUCCACCAUUUCCUGGUUUUGGCGGACCUCCACCACCACCUCCAAUGAUGCCGGGAUUUGGUGCUCCACCUCAAUUUCCACAAUAUUUACGUAAGAAACAAAAGUAUGCUGUUACUGAACCAGUUAAAAAAGUUCAAUGGAGUAAAAUUAAUCCACAUGCAAUCAAAAGAGACUCUAUAUGGGUUGAAGUCGAUGAAGAAAAAUAUAUCAGUGAUGAGCUAUUUUCUGAUAUACGAAAGAAUUUUGCUAAUAAAAUAGCACCAAGUAGACAACCUAUUCAUGAUCUUGUUGAUAAAUCAAAAGAAUUACGUGUACUGGAUUCUAAAGCUGCACAAAAUUUCGCAAUAAUGUUUAGUCAAUUAAAAGCACCACCAACGACAUUUCGUGAAUGGAUGCUUUCAUGUGAUAAUGAAUCUUUAAAAGAUGAUUUUCUCAAACAAUUAGAAAAAUAUUUACCAACACCUGAAGAAUUGAAAGCAUUAUCUGAAUUAAAAGAAGAAAUAAAUGAUUUACAAUAUUCAGAACAAUAUUUUUGUGCAAUCGGUGAUAUAAAACGAUUAAAACAACGUUUGAAAACUCUUUUAUUCAAAGCGAAUUAUAAAGAAACAUUUGAAGAAACAGAUAAAGCAUUCGUAGAAGUUCGUACUGCUUGUGAUCAUGUUCGACAUUCGUUACGAUUCAAAAAAAUGCUUGAAUUAAUUUUAACAAUAGGAAAUUAUAUGAAUUCAAGUGCAAAAUCAUAUGAACCUGUACAUGGAUUUGAUAUUAGUUUUCUACCUAAACUUCAUUCAACAAAAGCAAAUGAUGGUCGUCGUUCAUUACUUCAUUUUAUUGUUCAAGCUAUUGAAGAUAAACAUCGUGAUUUAUUAUCAUUUUCCGAUGAAUUCUUUUCUCUUGCUGAUGGUAUAUCGAAAAUUAAUAUACUUGAAUUACAAAAACAACCAAAAGAUAUCGGUCGAGAAUUGAAAUGUGCUCGAGAAGAAUUAGAGAUUGCAAAACAUGUAGAUGAACGAGUGGAGGGAGAUAAAUUUGCUGAAUCAAUUGAGGAUUUUAUAAUUCGAGCUCACGAUGAUGUUACUCGACUAGAACAGUUAGAUGGAGAAAUGACUCAAGCUUAUCAAGAUUUAUGUGAUUUUUUGGCGAUUGAUCCUAAAAUCUAUUCUCUUAAUGAAUUUUUUACUGAUCUCAAAUCAUUUUGUUCAUUCUUUUCGACAUGUGUCCAGGAAGUACGAGCUUGGCGUGAACAAGCAGCAAGAGCUAUUAAAAAUUCACCUACUCACUUUAGUCAAACCCUAAUGUCUACUUCACAAUGUUUUACUCGAACACCUUCACGUCGUUUUCCUAUACGAUAUGAUUCGACUGAAGAUUUUAUAUUGGCGGCUGCCGAAAGUGGUUCGUCAUCUUCACGUGGUUCUUCUCCAAAUAUAGCAUAUCGUCGUCAGGUAGCUGAAUCUUUAUAA